AUGGGUAAAGACAUUCUGGAGCAGAAAAGCAUAAAAUGUGUUUCAUUAAAAAGAAUGCCAUUAGAGAGUUUGCCUCACAAAGACGUAGGUGAUUACAUAGAGGCGCAGCAGAUCAAUCGUUUACCCCGUCGAUUUCCUCGGUGGGACGAAGGCAGGACGGAACCGGCGCUCCGAGCGGCAAUCACGCGGAGGGAACUGUAUCAGGCCAAAAAGAACUUGCAGGAUGUGCGAAAAGCUGGCGUCAAAGCGCGAGCUGUCCUCCAAGUCCAAAUAGAUAAAUUAGUAGCACAAGAAAAAGAUUUAGGAAGGAACUUCAUAAAAUUUAAUCGAUUUAUAAGAGAAAAUGCUGAUAAACGCCAACGUGCUGAGAGAAAGAUAGCAGAAUCAAGAGUUAUAAACAAUCAUUUGAAAAGUGAAAUCAAUGAAUUGAGUGAACAGAACAUGUUAGCAUUAAAUAAGACCGUGGAAAGCGUCUCUCGCAUUCAAGCCGAAAAAAACGCCUUGAUCGGCCAGAUGAAAUACGAAUUGCGUAUGAAGGACGAGAGACAUGGAGAAGUGACUCGUUUUAAAAAUCAUUGGGAAUCAGCUAUUGUAAAAAUUUCAAACAUGGCUUAUGAUAAACUUGCUGAAAUAUUUUGUGUCAGAUUCAGCUCUUGGGAUCUAUAUCAACAACUUGCUGUUAGACGACAGUUGCCGAUUACAUUAGGAGAAUUCGAUCAAGAAGGUCAUUUUACAUUUAUCAAAGAAUCAAUACUUGAGUUGAGAAAGUGCGUAGAAGAAUCUAAAAAAAUUAUGAAAGAAGCAGAAGAGGACGACAAUGAUUUAUAUAACGACUGA